UUGGGAAACAGAACUGUCUGAAUGCGGUAUUAAACCCCAGCCAUAUGCGCUAUAUGAUACUAAACAAUGAACAUUUUUCCGAACGAGAGUUGAAUCCCCGAAGAAAUAUCCAUAAACUCAUCUAAAACAAUUGUAAUAUCAACUUCUCGGUUCUGCACUGAGCAGCCAAGGAUUGAAAGAGCAUUUCAGCCAUGGAGAAAUGCAUGUUAAUAAAUAAUCAUUCAACUCAAAGCUGGCCAUGCUCUUUUCACGCCAAUUAUCCAAUGGCCUCAUUAUACCCAAAUGGGAAAAAGCAUCACAGGACAACACGAUUCACUCUCGCAAAGUUUCCCAAGCAAAACAAGUCUCCGCUGCAUUCAGUUAUUGGAAAAAACUUCACAAUUCAGCGUAGGAGAAGCAGUUCAGAGACGCCCACAAGCUCAAUGGUAACACAAAAUGAAGACCCAAAAAUGGGAUCUUCAGCAGAUAUGGAUUGUAUUGGGACUGGAUUGGAUGUGGAAUGCGUUAUUUCUAAUGUUACGGAUGAUGAUGAUUUUAAGGGUGAAAACUUGCUACCCUUGUCAUCUAGCAUCGAGAAAUCAGAGAAACAAGAAUUUGAUGGGAUGGUGAAUGUGAUUUUGGAUACACUUUUAUUAAUAUCUCCUUUCUUUUUCUGGGGUACUGCUAUGGUGGCCAUGAAGGAGGUUUUGCCGAAGACAGGGUCUUUUUUUGUUGCUGCUGUAAGGCUUAUUCCGUCUGGGCUUCUUUUGAUCGGUUUUGCACAGUACAGUGGGAAGAAACAGCCUGCCGGUUUCAUGUCAUGGUUGGCUGUGGCACUCUUUGGUCUGGUGGACGCAGCAUGUUUUCAGGGCUUCUUGGCAGAAGGUUUAAAGAGGACUAGUGCAGGGCUCGGAAGUGUCAUUAUUGAUUCCCAGCCUUUGACAGUUGCUAUACUUGCAGCAAUCUUGUUUGGGGAAUCCAUUGGCAGAGUUGGUGUUGCAGGCCUUGUGCUAGGAGUUAUAGGUCUCUUGCUUCUGGAGGUUCCUACACUUAAUGGUAUUGAUUUCUCUGAAACAAUGGCAUUUCAAAAUGCAGUUUUUGAACAAAAUUUUUCAUCUCUUUGGGGAAGUGGGGAGUGGUGGAUGCUUCUUGCAGCUCAAAGCAUGGCUGUAGGAACUGUCAUGGUCCGUUGGGUGUGCAAGUAUUCUGAUCCUGUUAUGGCCACAGGAUGGCACAUGAUUAUAGGAGGGCUUCCUUUGUUGGCAUUGUCAGUAAUUCAACAUGAUCCUGCCUUGAACGGAAGCAUUCAAGAACUUGAACUCAGUGAUUGGUUGGCUCUCACAUACACCUCUAUAUUUGGGAGUGCCAUUAGCUACGGUGUUUACUUUUACAAUGCAACUAGAGGUAGCUUGACCAAAUUGAGUUCCUUGACAUUUCUUACGCCAAUGUUUGCUUCUAUAUUUGGAUAUUUCUUCUUGGACGAGACAUUUUCUCCAAUUCAGUUGCUAGGGGCACUGAUAACAGUUGUUGCCAUCUACCUGGUUAAUUCACGGGCUAAAGUUCAAGCAGAAAGUGAAUAACCAAGAAAUUUAAUGCAGGUUAAUUCCAGAUUGGGACUAACUGUUCAAAUUCAUUGACAGCAUUUGAGCAUGUUUUAUAUACUUGCAUUUGGAGAUCUACAAAAGAAAUAGAAGAAGCAAUACCCUUAUAUCAUGCAACUUCUUAUGCUUGAGGAACACAUACACAAAGUCGUUGAACCUGCAUGCAAAACAGUAAUACCAUAAUGACAAAUUGAGUUCAAAAUUUACCAGUAUGUGUAUAUAAGUCCUAAGGAUAUAUUUCUAUUUCAGAAGUAUGUAUAUAUAAGUCCUAAGGAUAUAUUUCUAUUACAGAUGUAGUCCAUGGUGUUUCACAAAAUGUUUCUGAUAGAGCUUAUUAAUUAGAUUUCUGCAUCAAGUAAAGAUGAUUAGUUCAUAGUCAUACUGUCAGGAAAGAUGAAGGAAUUGGUCCAGGAAUUUAUGUCAGGAAAGAUGCAGGAGCUGGACUGGGAAUUUGUCAGGAAAGAUGCAGGAGUUGGGCUGGGAAUUUGAGGCUUUGAUCCUUGAACAGUCAUCAUUUGAACAAUGGCAUUGAGCAAUGUAGCAGCCAUGAAUGCAUAUGAACCUCACAAACUUGUUUUAUGAAAGAUGAUGACAGAAACUAUUAUAAGAUCAAGAACUUGUAUUGAAGGAUAACUUAUUGUGGAUCUGUUUCUUUGAAUACAACUUUUUUUGGCCAGUGCAUUUGAUUAGUUA